AUGGCAGGGGGAGAGAAAAGACAGAGAAUUAAUCCAAAAGCGGAUGCAAUAUCGCAUAUAAAGAACAAGACUGACAAGCUGGACAGCCUUGAAGCAUUAUUCAUAAAUGCUGAAAAAGGGCGUGGGGUAUUUGCCAAAAAAACCUUCAACCAAGGGGACUUCAUAUUAGAGUACAGAGGCGACCUCAUUUCUGACUCUGAAGCGCAGCGGAGGAGAGAGGUGUACACACCAACCCAGCGUGUUUUCAUUUUUGACCUUGCUGGAAAGUCUCUAUGUGUUGAUGGUGCCAAAGAGGAUGGGUCCCUGGGUAGGUUGGUUAAUGAUGACCACUUGAACCCAAACAGCAGAAUGAGGCUGGUGGAGGUGGAUAAAAUAAGCCACAUUUGCCUAUUUGCGACCAGGCCUAUAAGCAUAAGUGAAGAGAUCUCCUACAAUUAUGGAGGAAAAGACUGGCCAUGGCGAAGAAGCCAGCAGAGCCUACAACCUCACCUGAGUGCAUUCGUAGACACUCCUCCAGCUAAUGUUGAAGGCGUGUCCUCUUUGCCAGAGCCCUGUGACACGACAAGCGUGGACAACAACACGGCAGAACAGACACAGACAAAGCGGAAGACUUCAGCACCGGCAGCAGACCAUUAA